GCAUGUUUUCAGCCUGUCUGGAUUUAAAGAGCGGAGCCGUACAACAGACCCUCUGAAAUGGAAACCUCGCUUCAUACCGAGAGAAAACCAAGCAGCCCGAACUCAGCUUUUGGAAAGCACGCACAGACGUGGCUGAAGAGUAACGAGGAACACCCUCCUUUGAACGUUGGCUCUUUAGAAACUGACAGGCAACGUCCUUCUGACAGCAUAAGCUGUCCCGGCGUGCCCCGUCCCGCACGGCCCCGCCUGUGCCCACACCGCGCUCAGGUGCGGUCGCUCACAGCCUUUCCCCGCUGCAAAUACGCGACCGCGCGCAAUGAGCGCAGGAAGGCAUGCGCUUAUGUCAGGCUGCGCGCAGUCAGACAGCAGCGUUUGAAAGAGAGGAGAAGAGAGGAGAAGAGAGGAGAAGAGAGGAGAAGAGAGGAGAAGAGAGGAGAAGAGAGGAGAAGAGAGGAGAAGAGAGGAGAAGAGAGGAGAAGAGAGGAGAAGAGAGGAGAAGAGAGGAGAAGAGAGGGAGCGAAGUAGGUGACUGUGAUUGUAGGUUGGUGCUUCUUAAAAUCUUCACCGGCAGGAGGAGGAAAGCCUUUAACCCCAGCCGCCUCAGAGCGGCGAAGAAGUAACUUAAGAAAGAGAACGGCAAGCAAUCAGAAAUCACGAGCCUCAGUUUACAGGGGCGCAGCCCCGACGGCCUCUAAGGGGCUUUGGGGAGGGGAGCGGGCCGACACCCACACGCCUGCUGAGAGCGGCAAACCGCUCGCAAAGAAAUAAACUCGGGGAGCUCUCUCCCUCUGUGCGGCGGGGUGCAGCGCUACGGGCGAGGAGACGGCGAGCCCCGGGGAAGGCAGAGGGGGCACAGCCCCGGGGCGGGGCGGGGGACGCGAAGCCGGGCAGCG